UUGUCAUUAUUUUUCCUCUCGAUAUACAUGAUAUAUAUCGUUAUUAUUAUUCAAGGAUUCUUUCUGCCGUUGUCGGGUGGUGCCGAUAGCGCUUCGGUUGCGGUGAUGGUGAGGGCGAUGUGUGAGAAGGUGGUUGGGGCUUAUAGAAAGGCUUGUGAGGAUCCGAAUCACGAAAAGAAUGAAUUUAAGCUGGCAGGGCAGGAAAUUAACGUUGGAUCGGCAGAUGAACUGUGCAAAAAGAUCUUCUUUACGUGUUAUAUGCAGUCGAAAAAUUCCUCCGAGCAAACCAGAGAGUUCGCCAGAGAAUUGGCCGAACAAAUCAAUUCAAAUCAUUUGCGAAUUUUUCAGAUUUUUUACAUUUUUCACUCUAAAUUUUUUUGGCCAGAUAGUCGUGUAUCGUUGGCAAUGCAGAACGUGCAGGCACGCAUCAGAAUGGUGUCUGCGUAUCUGUUCUCUCAAUUGGCGUUGUUCUUUAAUAAACUGCCUGGAUGUCUGCUCGUGUUGGGUUCGAGUAACGUCGAUGAAUCAUUAGUUGGCUACGUGACAAAAUAUGAUUGCUCGGCAGCAGAUUUGAAUCCGAUUGGGUCGAUGAUGAAGUCGGAUCUGAAGGAGAUGCUGCGAUACGCCAGAGACACCAUGGGACUCAGUGCUCUC